AUUAUAUUAUAUUAUAUUAUAUUAUAUUAUAUUAUAUUACAUUAUACAGUGGGUACCAUAAGUAUAGACGUACCCCUAAAAGGUUCAGCGAAUCAAACAAACGAUGGUCGCUACAACUUCGUUGCGACAAUUACGUUGAUUCAAGACGGCGGAAAAAAUAUUUUGGUGGACACAGGGCUUGGAACCGAUAUCAACGGCAGGAUGCAACUUAUGAAUGCUCUCGAGAAACAUGACCUGGUACCGCCUAACGUGGAUGUUGUCGUGACAACUCAUGGACAUCCCGAUCACGCUGGCGGAGUGCAUGACUUCCCGGAUGCAGUACAUUAUCAAGGAUGGUACAUUCAUCAUCACACUACUUUCAAUCUCAGCAGCCUAUUCGAGGGAGAUCGACACCCUCUUACGGAGAACGUUCAUCUUAUGAGAUCAGCUGGACAUUCAUCCGAUGAUGUUGCUGUUGUCGUCAAUGAUGAAAAGACAAUGGGAACAGUAAUAGUUGCAGGUGACACAUUCAUGAGACGUGAAGACCUCGAUUAUCCGAUGAUGUGGAAGCCAUUGAGUGCAAACGAGACGGAACAGGCGCGAUCAAGACGGAACCUGAUCUGUGAAGCGGCAUGGAUCAUUCCCGGUCACGGUUCACCGUUUCAAGUUACCCGACAAAUGCGUGUACAGUUUCGUUGUUGA